AUGCCGGAAUCACGCAAGAUUGCAGAGACCAUGGACGAUGAGAACGAGCUCUUAUGUCGCAAACUCCGUCUAGAGUCGGCCUGUAAGAAGUCAGUCAUAGCCACCCGCCGGCUCCGAUCCGCAAAGCGUGGCGGACCAGAGCAAAACAAGAGCUUCUACAAAUUGAAAGCAGGAGAACUGGAAGAUGUCAACACCGCCCACGAUGUGCUUCGAGAGUACGCCAAACUCGUUUCUGGCCGAGUCGAUAGAAUACUACGCGAACGACUCUCGCGAGAGAUUCGCGACAUGAUCUACGACCACAUUCUACCUCAUGGCGAAAUAGUGGUAGGCCGUAUGCACUGUGGUGCUAUUGCUCUCCGUGAACAAGUUUCGAAUGAAUGGGUCAACAUACGCCAGUACCAGUUCCUGGGCGACGACAUCGUAUCGGAGCUCGCCGUCUGCCUGUAUAGAACUCGGACGUUUACUCUUGACAAGUCUUCAGAGGCCAACAUGUCGACAGACUCUGACAUAAUGACAGAUUUUCUCGCGGCAGACGUUUACAGCACGAAAAUCUCACCUGCAAAGUUCAUAUCGAGGGUGUUUGUUUCCAUCGGCCCAUACUGCUUCCGUCCUUUGGAAGAGUAUGAACGUGCCGCAAGUAGUGCGUUUCGAUUGUUUCGAGAUGCCACAGAGCAUCGUGGAAUGAACUCACGCAGUCAGCUUUUGGCGUCUCUAGGAGCCCUGAAGGUGUUGCAGCACCCUCACUGCGCCCUCACUGUCGAUUUGAAAGCCACGUUGGAUCUAGAGGAUAUCCAAUUUAGCACGCCCGUGGCUCUGCGCAAAGUAUGCUCGCAUCUGGGUGGACUCAUAUCGAGUGGUUGGAAGAUACAGAUGAGUCUCGUAGACUAUUGCCCAUAUCAACCAUACGAGAGGGGUUUCGGAAUUGCACCGCGCCGUCUUGUAGAGAUGUACCCAUCUGUAACAAUACCUUUACCGCCAGAGAAAGGUAAUUUCGUUGUCCUUACCGAAAAGGAUGCAUACACGACUGUUCGCACAACAGAAGAAAUGGUUGAGCUGCUCGAAGCCGCUAAUAUACACCCGAUCACCGCAUCCCGAGAGUGCGCAUACUGGAAGCUAUGGCUCCAAAGCCUCCGCCCCAAGGAAGAGAUAGACCAGGAUGGUGGAUUGGAUACAAGGAACGAUGUUCCAGCAUGGGAGAUAGUGAAGGCGAGGUUGGAAGACGCGAUGCUGCAAGUCUGGCAACCUUAA